AUGCCCGGCUGGCCCUGGGGGCUGCUGCUGACCGCGGGCACGCUUUCCACCGCGCUGAGCCUGGGGCCGCCAGCGCCUGCCGACCCCUGCCAUGACGACGGCGGUGCGCCCCGCGGCUGCGUGCCCGGCCUGGUGAACGCCGCCUUGGGCCGCGAGGUUCUGGCGUCCAGCACGUGCGGGCGGCCGGCCACGCGGGCCUGUGAUGCCUCGGACCCGAGGCGGGCACACCCUGCCGCCCUCCUGACCUCGGCGGGGAGCACCACAAGCCCUGUGUGCUGGCGUUCGGAUUCACUCACCCAGGUGCCCCACAAUGUGACUCUCACAGUGCCUCUGGGCAAGGCUUUUGAGCUGGUGUUCGUGAGCUUGCGCUUCUGCUCUGCGCCCCCGGCCUCGGUGGCCCUGCUCAAGUCACAGGACCAUGGCCGUAGCUGGGCCCCACUGGGCUUCUUCUCCUCCCACUGUGGCCUGGACUACGGCCGCCUACCUGCCUCUGCGGACAGCCCACCUGGCCCAGGGCCUGAAGCUCUGUGCUUCCCUGAGCCCCAGGUCCAGCCUGAUGGAGGUGGCCUUCUGGCUUUCAGCGUGCAGGACGGAAGCCCACCAGGCCUGGAUCUGGACAGCAGCCCAGUUCUCCAAGACUGGGUGACUGCCACAGACAUUCAACUAGUGCUCACAAGGCCUGCCGUGCUGGGGGACACCAGGGACUCCGUGGCCAUGGUCCCUUACUCGUACUCAGCUACUGAGCUCCAGGUGGGCGGGCGCUGCAAGUGCAAUGGGCACGCCUCAAGGUGCCUGCUGGACACCCAGGGCCACCUGAUCUGCGACUGUCAGCAUGGCACCGAGGGCCCCGACUGCGGCCGCUGCAAGCCCUUCUACUGCGACAGGCCAUGGCAGCGGGCCACGGCCCGGGAAGCCCACGCCUGCCUUGCUUGCUCCUGCAACGGCCAUGCCCGCCGCUGCCGCUUCAACAUGGAGCUGUACCGACUGUCCGGCCGUCGCAGCGGCGGCGUCUGUCUCAACUGCCGGCACAAUACCGCAGGCCGUCACUGCCACUACUGCCGGGAGGGCUUCUAUCGCGACCCUGGGCGUGCCCUGAGUGACCGCCGCGCUUGCAGGGCAUGUGACUGUCACCCUGUUGGUGCCGCUGGCAAAACCUGCAACCAGACCACAGGCCAGUGUCCCUGCAAGGACGGCGUCACCGGCCUCACCUGUAAUCGCUGCGCCCCUGGCUUCCAGCAGAGCCGCUCUCCAGUGGCCCCCUGUGUUAAGACUCCUGCCCCUGGACCCACUGAGGAGAGCAGCCCUGUGGAGCCCCAGGACUGCGACUUGCACUGCAAACCAGCCCGGGGCAGUUACCGCAUCAGCUUGAAGAAGUUCUGCAGGAAGGACUACGCGGUGCAGGUGGCGGUGGGCGCGCAGGGCGAGGCGCACGGCUCGUGGACGCGCUUCCCGGUGGCUGUGCUUGCAGUGUUCCGGAGCGGCGAGGAGCGCGCGAGGCGGGGGAGCAGCGCGCUGUGGGUGCCCGCGCGGGACGCGGCCUGCGGCUGCCCGCGCCUCCUGCCGGGGCGCCGCUACCUGCUGCUCGGCGGCGGGCCAGGGACCGCGGUCGGGGGCCGAGGGCCCGGGCUCAGCGCGACCCGCGGGAGCCUCGUGCUGCCUUGGCGCGAUGCGUGGACGCGGCGCCUGCGGAGGCUUCAGCGGCGUGAGAAGCGGGGUCGCUGCGGGACGGCCUGAGCCCAAAGCGCGGGCGGGGCGUUGCCUCCACUUCGAGGCGCACGUUCAUCCAGUGCAUCCGCCCGCAGAGGAGUCUUUGCUGGCGUCGCGCGCGUCGCCAUCUAGGCCCUCCCCCGACCGUGCCCAGCGACUCCCUCGAUGCCACGCGCCCAUGCCUGCGAGGGCUGUGACGGACGCAGCGACACCCCGCCCCGACAGAGAGGGAUGUGAUGGCCCCAAAGAGCUGCUUCGAGGCUCCCUUGGGCAGCUGCCAUCCCAUCCUCGCAUUAUCUUCCCCCUCCAAGGGACACUGCGAUCAUCCCAGAAGGCUGGGAGCGCCCUGGGGGGCCGAACUACACUUCGAGGCUCUGCGAACACCCUAAGGGCCGCUGAGACUCUCCCACCUGCGAUGCAGUGACCCCUCAGAGCGCAUUUUCAGCUUUCUAAAAAGGCACCGUGACCCUCUCCCAACAGAUACGAACCCCCUUGUGAUGCCAGGACCCACUUAAGGUCUGAAAACUCCCCAAGGGCUGCGGGGGCUUCAACCUUCACGGACUCUGAUCUCCACAGACGCCCGUGGACCCCCGUGGGGCUCGGGGGCACUGGCUCCCCCGCCCCCUGCCGGGACCCGCAGAGGGCGCUGUGACUCCUCCCCCAGCGAGGACGACCGCCUCCGGUCCCCGUCUGCCCGCCUGUCACCUCCGCCUGCCCUGCCUCUGCCGCUUGGGCGUCCGGGUCCCUGUCCCCGCUGCGUCUCUGCCCGAGUUCGGCCCCUUUCUUGGCCUGCUGUGUCCCUAUCCUGUCUCCGUCCGGCUGUCUCUCUCGGCCUCGGCCUCAGGGCUCCUCAGGUCAGGUCCCGCCCGUAGGACCCCCUGCGCACCCUCUCCGCCUGCUCGGGACCGGACGUCGUGUCCACGCAGACGAGCGUUCCCCGGUCUACGCGUGACCCGGCGGGGCGGCGACUCUGGCUGGCAGCCCUCUCGG